CCCUUCUUUGAGCGCCCCCCUCCUGCACACAUGACGUCGAUCCGAUGAACGGCAGGAGCUGAGUCCCUCACCUGCAGGAAGAAACACCGGAAGAAGUUGUGAAGACGCCUGGAAGUUUAACCUUAGAAUAAAAACAAAACAAAAACAAAAACCAGAGCAGCGAUGUUCCUCCAGAUGAGACGCCUCCUCCGCCCGGGCCACUGCGCCCCCCUCCACCGCAGGAGGCCCCCCGGGAGGACGCUGUGGACGGUUCCCGCCGCGCAACAGCAGCAGCAACGUGGCGGCAGAGCUGCGGGAUCGGACGCACCUGCGCGCAGCCACAAGUCUCUCUGCAGGGGCUACGCGUCCGACGCGCUGUACGGCCGAGCCUUCGCCUCAGCCCGGGACAGCCCCGACACGUUCUGGGCUGAGGCGGGACAGGACGUCAGCUGGUUCCAACCGUGGAGUAAAACUUUGCACGUUGAGGAUCCAGUGUUCCCAAACUGGUUCGUUGGAGGGAAGCUGAACAUGUGCUACAACGCCGUGGAUCGUCACGUGGAGAGCGGCCGCGGAGAGCAGCCGGCCAUCAUUUAUGACAGCCCAGUGACCGGAACCAAACAGAUCAUCACUUUCAGGGAACUUCAGGACCAGGUGUCCAGGUUAGCGGGAGUCUUGGUGAAGAAUGGGGUACAGAAAGGAGACCUGGUGGUCAUCUACAUGCCCAUGGUGCCGCAGGCCAUGUUCACCAUGUUGGCGUGCGCCCGGAUCGGUGCCCCACACAGCCUCAUCUUUGGCGGCUUCGCUUCCAAAGAGCUCUCUGUUCGCAUCAAUCACGCCAAGCCCAAGCUGAUGGUUACAGCCUCGUUUGGCAUCGAGCCCGGCAGAAGAGUGGAGUACAUCCCUCUGGUGGAGAAGGCCUUGGAGCUGAGCUCGCACAGGCCCUCGAAGGUCCUCAUCUACAACAGGCCGAACAUGGAGAAGGUAUCAAUGAAACCGGAGCUGAGUCUGGACUGGGACGAAGAGAUGGCCACAGCUCGGCCGCACGACUGCGUUCCUCUUCCCUCCGACCACCCUCUCUACGUCCUCUAUACGUCCGGGACCACAGGGACCCCGAAGGGUGUUGUGCGAGAUACUGCCGGCUAUGCUGUGAUGCUGAAAUGGACCAUGUCAAAUAUUUAUGGACUCAGUCCUGGAGAUGUCUGGUGGGCGGCGUCGGACCUGGGCUGGGUGGUCGGUCAUUCGUACAUCUGCUACGGUCCCCUGCUCCAUGGCAACAGCACCAUUCUCUACGAGGGUAAGCCCGUGGGGACCCCAGACCCCGGGGCCUUCUUCCGCGUCAUGUCUGAAAACGGCGCCUCCUCCAUGUUCACGGCGCCCACCGCCCUCAGAGCCAUCCGCCAGCAGGAUCCCCACGCUGACGUCGGGAAAAAAUACCCCUUGUCAAGGUUGCGGUCUUUAUUCCUGGCAGGAGAGCGCUGCGAUGUGGAGACGCUGGACUGGGCCAAGAGGAGCUUCGGGGUUCCCGUCCUGGAUCACUGGUGGCAGACGGAAACUGGCUCAGCCAUCACCUCCUCGUGCAUCGGGCUGGGGAACUCGCUCACGCCACCUGCAGGCCAGGCCGGAAAACCCGUUCCAGGGUACAACGUCACGGUGAUCGAUGAUGACAUGCGGCAGGUGAAGCCGAGGACCCUGGGAAAUAUUGUGGUGAGGUUACCUUUACCACCUGGUGCAGCACUGUCAUUGUGGCAGAACAGGAAACUGUUCAAGGAGCUGUACUUCACUAAGUUCCCAGGUUACUAUGACACCAUGGACGCAGGCUUCGUGGAUGAGGAGGGCUUCCUCUACAUCAUGUCUCGCUCUGAUGAUGUCAUCAACGUGGCCGGCCACAGGCUGUCCGCUGGAGCGUUGGAGGAGUCGGUGCUGCAGCACCCUGCCGUUGGCGACUGUGCCGUGGUGGGUCUGGACGACCCUCUGAAGGGCGUCGUGCCUUUGGCCCUGUGUGUGCUCAAAAAUGGUGUGCAGAAAACCGAAGAGGAGAUCGUCAGUGAGAUGGUGAAGCUGGUCAGAGACACCAUCGGACCCGUGGCCGCCUUCAGGAAAGUGCUUUUCGUCCAGGGGCUGCCGAAGACGCGCUCCGGCAAGAUCCCCCGCUCCUCUUUAGCCAACCUGGUCAACGGAAAGCCCUACAAGAUCACUCCAACCAUCGAGGACCCAGAAGUGUUCAAAGACAUCGAGCUGCAGGUAGAAAAGGCCCUGAGACCUCCCGGAGCCUGAACGCAUCAGCUGGAAGAACAGAAGGAAACUGAGGGGUUGGAUCAAAUACGAGCAACAGGAGCAACUUUUUAAGAACUGGCUCUGAGCUUUAGAACUAUGAGUAGACGUAAGAUGAAUGAUUAGUCUUAUUCUCCGAAGUGGAGCUGGAGGAAGGCGCUGACUUGGAAGCGUUGUCUCCUCGAUCUUCAUGAACUGUGAAAAAACAAUGAAGCGAGGUAGUAGAAGGACAUUCACCCCGGAUCAAAAUACAUUAUCCAUCUAGAUUGUUUUACUGUGAGUUGUGGCAUUUUGGAGGUAUCGUCCGUGGAGUAAUCCGCCAUGUCUUGAAUGUCUUUUGGAUGGCGGGGCUCGAGGCACCAAAGAAAAAUGUAAGAAAAGGUCAUCAGCGAUUUUUCUCUUUCCAGAAGUUACGACUCAAUUACUCAAGAUAAUCCGCAGAGCUCGUCGUGAGCAGUUUCAUGUACAGUAGGGACUAUUUUCUGUCCGCAUCACCACGCAGGAUCCUCUCAUGAAUGAGCGGAUGCACGCUUCCUUCUGUGCAGCGAUACGGACGGAAAGUAGAUCCAACAUGAAACUGCUCCCGACAAGAUCUGUGGAUUAUCUUGAGUAACUGGGUUGUGAUUUCUGGAAGGAGACAUUGUUGUUGUAGUUGUUGAUUGUAUGUUUUUGGUGCUUUUUGAGCCCCACAAGCCACGUGCCAUCUCCUACUAGUUUAAUUGUAUUCUAGAAAAGGUGGAGAGACGUCGGCCUUCUCUCAAAUACAAUUAAACAAUAUGGCAAGCGACAGAGAUAAAAACGAAUGAAAUAGUCUGUUUAUAUUUCCUUAAAUGUUACACGUAAUUGACCAAUAGUUGUAUGGUACCUGUGCAGGUAUGUUACAUAACGUAGCACUUUGCUUACGUACUGUACGGUCUUGGUAUUUCCCUCUGUGUGAGAGCUGUUCUACACUGCAAACAAGCAAGUAGUUUUCAAGAUCUGAGCCAACAAACUAUAAAACUUUACUACUGUAAAACGUGACAUUACAACUGUUGUGCACAGAGAACAGUUUCGAUGGGUGAGUUGUACUACAGGACAGAGGAAGGAACAUGUAUUUUUGAUUUUGGGUUGAACUGUCCCUUUAAUGUUUCCACUUGUAAUAUUGUAAUUACUAACAUUCUAUUCUGAACAGUGAUGCGAUGUGAUGAUAUAUGAAAUGACGCCUCGGAGCAAAUGAACGUUUGUAAUUAUGAACGAUGAAUAAUGAAGACGGCUCGUUCACUGACA